AUGGUAUUUUUGCUUGCAAAGACAGAGGGAGACUCACUGGUCGACUUUUCCCCGAAGUGGCUCUCACUGUAUGAGUUUUACUACGAUGUCAUUAAAGCUGGCCAGUACAUCUGGAAGAUCCGCCAGCUACACGACCAGUAUGGCCCGAUCAUCCGCAUCAACCCCGAAGAAGUCCAUAUUCAAGACGCCAAUUUCUAUGACGAAGUCUACACUGGAGCAACACACAAACGCAAUAAAUGGUCUUUUUUCACGAAUCAAAGCGGGCUGACUUCAUCGGCCUUCGCAACUAAUGAUCACGACCUUCAUCGGAUGCGUCGUGGAGCUCUGAAUCCAUAUUUCUCGAAACAAAAAGUUAGACAGCUGCAGCCAAGGAUCGAGAAAAGUUUGAAAAAUUUGCUAGGGAGGGUUGAUGACUUUAGGAUAUCCGGAGAACCCUUGAUGGUUGGGUUGGCGUAUGCUGCGCUUGCUAAUGAUAUUGUCAUGGAUUAUGCUCUUGGUCGCAGUGAAAAUCGAUUGUUAGCACCUGAUUUCGACCCCAGCUUUAAAGAAGCAGGCGAAGCAGGAGCAAAACUUGGUCAUCUGGUUAAGCAAUUGCCGUGGUUACUACAAAUCAUGAAAAUAUUGCCGGACAACAUGCAGGUGAUACUUAAUCCAGUAAUGGCUAGCUUCAUAAAACUAAAUCAGGAUGUGAUUCGUCAUGUCGCACGAAUAUACUCCCACCGUCAUGAUCCGCACAAUCAAUAUAAUUCCCAAACAACUGUGUUUCAUGAAAUCCUUCAAAGCGACUUGCCAGAACAUGAAAAAAUGCCAACCCGCCUUUGGCAAGAUGGACAGGUGACCGUUAUUGCUGGUACGUUGACAACUGCCGCUGCGCUGUCGGAAAUCACGUUUCAUCUCCUUGAUCAACCGAUGCAUCUGCGAAAAUUAAAGACAGAGCUGGAUACUGUAACUUCCGGGUCGGGGCAGCUUCCAGAGAUGGCGAAACUAGAGCAGCUACCAUACCUCACAGCCGUGAUCAAAGAAGGAUUACGCUUGAGUAGUGGCAUUAGUACGAGGUUGCAGCGUAUUGCUACCGAGGAGACGCUGGUAUUCACCGCCAGAUAUCCCGGUGGUAUUGAUGGUAACACUAUUGAAAAAAAGUAUACUCUCCGCCCUGGCAUUCCUCUCUCAAUGACUGGCCUCCUCAUUCACCAUUCACCAACUUACUUCGAGGAUCCUAUGACAUUCUGGCCCCAACGUUGGCUAGAAGAUAAAUCGCUCGACAAGUACCUCGUCCCCUUUUCACGUGGCACGAGAUCAUGUGUGGGGAUCAACCUUGCUUAUGCGGAGCUGUAUUUGACAAUUGCCACAGUGUUUGGAUUUCGGUUCAAGGACGGUAGAAAAGGGACAGCAGAUUGGGGAGCUCGAUCGCAUUUCACCAAAGCUGAUGGAUACCUUAAGAUGGAUUUCUAUCAAGUUUACCUGGACAGUGCUGCGACGGCUCGUGCUAAAUAA